AUGAGCCACAGAAUGGACUAUCAUUUGGGUUCUCCACAUAGGGGAGCUCAAGCUGAGUAUUCCUGCUAUCAACCCAAACUGACUGGAUCCCCCUCUGCAUCCAGGACCGUUGGCUUUGAGUCGACUACCACAUACACGAACAGAGGAUAUGCGACGACACUGAAGAGUGAAUUCGGAUCUGUUCCGAGAUCAUCGGAGAGCCUUUUCGAUUUAUCAAACCCAUUUACCGAGGUCUUGACAAAAAUGAAUGAGAAAGAACAGCUCCAUGGGCUGAACGACCGUUUUGCAGGAUUCAUAGAGAAGGUGCGUCAUUUGGAGCAUGAAAAUGAAUUGUUUGAGAGGGAAAUCGAGGAAAUCAAACUAAAGGCACAGUCCCCUGCGUCUCUGGCCCAGAAGCACGAGCCAGAGCUUAUGGACCUGAGGAACCUAGUUCAUGACAUCACCCUUCAGAAGCGUCAGAUGGAGAUAGAGCAUCAGAACCUGGAGGAAGAUUUCCUCACCUUGAGAGACAAGUAUGAGCAGGAGGCACGUGACCGCUUGAACGCAGAGAACGGCAUCCUUGUGCUGAAAAAGGACGCCAACGAUGCAUACCUCGCCAAACUUCAGUUGGACAAGAAAGCGCAGUCUUUGGUGGACGAGAUCCACUUCCUGAAGAACAACCAUGAGGACGAGAUAUCAGAAAUGGUGGCCCAGAUCCAAGAGACUCAAGUAACGGUCAAGACGCACGACUUUGGCAAACCUGACAUCACAGAGGCUCUCCGGGACAUCCGUGUGCAGUUAGAAGGUCACGCCACUUCCGACAUUCAGCAGGCCGAGGAGGGCUUCCGUGUCCAGUUCGCAAAGUUAACCAAAGCAGCAGAAAGUAACAGAGAGGCGUUGAAGGCAACCCAGCAGGAGAUACAGGAGAAUAGAAGGCACCUGCAGGGGAAGACAAUUGAACUGGACUGUGGGAAAGGAAUGAGAGAGGCCCUGGAAAAACAACUACAAGAGCUGGAGGAGCAUCACUAUGCAGAAUUGAUUCAUUACCAGGACACUAUCAGGCAUCUGGAGAAUGAGCUGACCAAUGCUAAACUAGACAUGUCUGGCUACCUGAGAGAGAACCAGGACCUGCUGAAUGUCAAAAUGGCUUUGGAUGUGGAGAUUCUCUCUUACAGGAAACUCCUGGAGGGUGAGGAGUCCCAUCUGUACACCAUCUCUGACACCCACAUGUCCAUGCCCUGCAUCUACCGCCAGUCCCCCGUCUACACCCUGCCUUGCCUGGCCCGGCAGGGAGGUCCCACACGCAGGUCUGAACCCCAGUACAAGUUUGUUGAGGAGAUCAUCACUGAGACCACCAGAGACAUGGAGAUGUCCGAGAUCGAGGAGACAGGCUCCGAAGAGAUGGUCGGGGGAGAGGGAGACGAGUUGAGACAGAAGCAGGGAGAAGAGAGUGACAAAGCUGAGAGGAGGAGUGGGGAACAGGUGGAUGAGCAGAAAGAGAAAGCUAGAGGUAAAGUGGAUGUUGAUGUGGACGCCCCGGAGGAAGAGGGUGAACAGGAGGAAGAGUCUAAGAAACAUCAGAUGGUAACAUCAGCAGAGGUCGAGGUAAAUGGAGAUGGAGUUAGCCCUAGUGAGGAAGAAAAUGGAGAGGAGGGAGAUGAUGAAAGAGAGGAGGAAAAGGGGGGUGAGCCAGAUUCAAUCAAAAAGACAGAGGACAUUGACAGAGGUGAAAAUACACAAAGUGAAGUCAAAUCAGCUGAGGCCACCAGUGAGGGAGAGAAGGAAAAACUGGACACAACAGAGAAGCGAGACAGUGAGAUAAAUGAGACAUUAGAAAAAGAUGACACCCCAAAACAUGGCAAAUCCCAACUAGAGGUUCCCAUGAAUGGUGACAUCUCUAAAGAAAGUCCCAUCAAAGAGAGAAAAAAGGUAAAUCUGACAGAGCAGAGUGCCCCAACACUGGAGCAGAAACCUGAUCAUAAGGAGCACAGAGAGUCAGACCAACCUCAAGAGGCAGAGAGUGCUGUGACAACACAAGAGGAGACAUCUCCUAAACCGGACCCCACUGUCACCCCUAAAGAGGAGACAUCUCCUAAACCGGACCCCACUGUCACCCCUAAAGAGGAGACAUCUCCUAAACCGGACCCCACUGUCACCCCUAAAGAGGAGACAUCUCCUAAACCGGACCCCACUGUCACCCCUAAAGAGGAGACAUCCCCAAAACCAUUCCUGACUGUCGCCCCUAAAGAGGAGACAUCUCCUAAACCGGACCCCACUGUCACCCCUAAAGAGGAGACAUCUCCUAAACCGGACCCCACUGUCACCCCUAAAGAGGAGACAUCUCCUAAACCGGACCCCACUGUCACCCCUAAAGAGGAGACAUCUCCUAAACCGGACCCCACUGUCACCCCUAAAGAGGAGACAUCCACAAAACCAUUACCGACAGUCGCCCCUAAAGAGGAGACAUCUCCUAAACCGGACCCCACUGUCACCCCUAAAGAGGAGACAUCUCCUAAACCGUACCCCACUGUCACCCCUAAAGAGGAGACAUCCCCAAAACCAUUCCUGACUGUCACCCCUAAAGAGGAGACAUCUCCUAAACCGGACCCCACUGUCACCCCUAAAGAGGAGACAUCCCCAAAACCAUUCCUGACUGUCGCCCCUAAAGAGGAGACAUCCCCUAAACCGUUCCCCACUGUCACCCCUAAAGAGGAGACAUCCCCAAAACCAUUCCUGACUGUCACCCCUAAAGAGGAGACAUCUCCUAAACCGGACCCCACUGUCACCCCUAAAGAGGAGACAUCCCCAAAACCAUUCCUGACUGUCGCCCCUAAAGAGGAGACAUCUCCUAAACCGUACCCCACUGUCACCCCUAAAGAGGAGACAUCUCCUAAACCGGACCCCACUGUCACCCCUAAAGAGGAGACAUCCCCUAAACCGGACCCCACUGUCACCCCUAAAGAGGAGUCAUCCCCAAAACCAUUCCUGACUGUCGCCCCUAAAGAGGAGACAUCUCCUAAACCGUACCCCACUGUCACCCCUAAAGAGGAGACAUCUCCUAAACCGGACCCCACUGUCACCCCUAAAGAGGAGACAUCUCCUAAACCGGACCCCACUGUCACCCCUACAGAGGAGACAUCCCCUAAACCGGACCCCACUGUCGCCCCUAAAGAGGAGACAUCUCCUAAAACGUACCCCACUGUCAACCCUAAAGAGGAGACAUCUCCUAAACCGCCCCACUGUCACCCCUAA